ACAGCGGGAUUGCAAAUGUGAUCCUCUCCUACGUCCUAUUGCAUUCCACCCUGAGGACCCAUCUGUAUUAUUAGCUGGGACUUCCAACCAUGCCCCAUCUUUCUCUCUUCACGCUUUUCUGCUAUUACAGCCAGCGCAUCCCUACGUUCUGACAACACACUUUCACAAAGAAAAGCUCUUGACAAAGUUCGUCUCGGGACAACCCUCCAUGCCUCUGGAUCCCGAAGACAUCCCAUUUCCGUUGAGAAUCCAUCCUCCACAACGAGAUGCCUUUCAAUUGCCAACCGUGUCUCCGCUUUUUCCAUGAAAUCCAGCGUCCCACCACACCACCGGUGCCUCCCAUUCCCCCUCGCUGUAUCCUCCUAGGCCCCACCGGCGCCGGCAAAACCACCUUCCUGCUACAGAUCCGUAACGGCGGUCCCAGCGCAUACCCGGUGCAACCUACGACCGGUCCUACAGUCGAAGAAUUCCCCAUCUCCGGCAGCAGUAGCAGCCUCGUAUUCUCGGACAUCGGCGGCAGCGACCGUCGCGAGCUGCGGCUUCACUUCCUGCACGCCGUGCCGAUCCUGGACCUUUGCAUACUGUUCUUCAUCGACGUCACGGCGUCGCUCGAGGAGCUCCCAAAUACCCUCAAGGACCUGGCGUACGCAGUCACGUAUGCGCGCAGUCGCGCGGGCUACGGCACGAAGUUUGUCGGUGUUGUGCUGAAUAAGCAGGAUUUGCUGCGGGAGGAUGAGAUUGUGAGGAGUGGGAGGGUUGCGAGGAUUACGAGGGAGGUUAGGGGGGCUAUGAAGGAGUUUGUGGGUAAGGAUGGGGAGGCGGGUUUGAAGUGGGAGGUGCUGGAUGGUGGUGUGGAAGGGAUUAGUGCGAGUACUGGAGUGGGUGUCAAAGAUGUUCUGAUGACGGUCGUAAAUGCGGUUUUUGAUGGGGAGGUGCCUGGUGAUGCUCCUGCACAGGCUCCGGUGAAGGUGAAAGUGAGGGAUGUGGCUACGGGAGUGGCCGGAGUGGCCGGGGAGCUUUUGAGCGCUGUAAAGGAGAAGGUGAAGCCCUGACCUGUAGGCGAAUUAUCAGGUACGGAGCUGGGGCUUGGAAAAGCGGCGGGGAAGACUCAAUAGCGAGUUGAGUGACCUGUUGAUGUUUGAGAGUCAGUGAAAUGAGUGAUUCCCCAUGACAUGAAGUCACGUGGCGAAUGAUGUUAGUGACAUGCCACGCUUCGCUUAGCUUGGAAGCUGGCGCAC